UCUCAAUGCGUUUUUCAAAGAGCAAGAAACUAUACUCGAAACACCUCCUGCACUUUCUCUACCAUCGCUCAUCAUUUCAAACUCUCACUUCUCUAUGCCGGUUUCCCUCGAAUCAUCUGGAAACCUCAGCUCAGUGGGCACCCCACUCGCUCUUGCUGCUCGGCGAGGCAAGAAGAUGCUUCCUCGGCUGACCUUCAAGAAAGCCGCGGGCGCUACCGAUUAUCCGAGCAUGCCCACCGCGUUUCUGGGAACUCCCUCUGCCUACUCUCCCAACUUCCAGUUCUCUGCGAAUGCUGCUGCCAAGUCGUCUAUGGAUGUUCGGGAGAUGAUCACCAGCCUCAGAUCUCAAUG